AUGAAGUUCGCGCAGAAAGCUAGAACUUCCAGAAAUCAACACUAUCAAAUUAUCAUUGGAAUGUCCGCACUUCAAACUGCACUUAUCGUGCUCCUUUGUGCCUCAAGCGGUUUGACUCAUAUAUACUCAUUCCUACUCUGGCAUCACUACCAUCCAGAAGAGAAAGAUGGCAUCAAGAAAUACGAGAAUAUGACCUUAGCGGAGUUGAAACAAAAGCUGUUGGAUUGGGAGACGGAAAGAAUGGACGAAUUGAAGAAGUCCAUUAAAUCAAGAGAGCAGUUUAAGAAGAAAAUUGAUAAUAUGGCACUGAAGGCUUUGCGAGGACUAGUGAAUGACUACAAAGAGUACAGUGCUAUAGGAAGCAACAAGAAUAUGACCUUGAAAGAAUACUAUAAAGCAUUGCAUGAUUUUGACAAAAAGCAUCCGAGAAGAAUUUGGUACUUCACAAGCUUGCGUCGUCGAAUGGAAAGGAAACUAGCAAGGGAGGCCUACAAGCUCAAAUUCUGAACAUUACUACCUUCUGUGACCAUGCAAAAAUCUGAGUUUCCAUAAAAUUUUGUGCAAC